UUGGCGCCUGCGCACUUGGUCUCCGCCGCUGCUGUGGUCUCGCGCCCCGCCUCCGGUCCCCCCGAAUGCCUCGGGCUCGCGCUCAGCGGCAGAGGUGGCGGUGCCGCCGGGAGCGAACCGAACCGAGUUGAAGGUGGGGGGCCCGGGGUCCACCGCCCGCGGCCGAGCUGGCGCCCCUCUCCCGCCUUCCUCGUGCCAUCCCGUCUGGCCCCCAUGGCUAACAGUCUCGCGGCCGAACGCGGCCCACUGGCAGGGCGCCAAGGGGAGUAGGCGCAAGCCCGGGGACAAGCGGCGGGGCCGCGCAAGAGGGGCGCACUCACCAGCCCGGCCAGCCUACAUCAACCCCGCCUAUGCUGCGGGGUGAGGACCCUCGGAGUAGCCUCUGUCUGCCUGCAACCCAGGACCUGGCCCUCUGAGUUCUUGUCCUACCUGCUCUUAUGCCUCUGUGAUCAGAAUCAGGCCUCUUCACCAGUCUGAGCCCCAGCUUCCCCAUCUACAAGCUGGCUAUGAGGAGCUGGGUCUGCGCCAUCUUCCCAGGCAAGACUCCUGACUGUGGUCCAUGGGCCUCUGAGGAGGCGUUGUAAGUCUGCCCAGCUCCCCACUUGCUGUGCUCCCACUCAAUGGGAAGGGAACCAAGGCCUUGUCCAGCCAUCAGCCACGGCCUCUCGAGAGCACCAGGAUGGAAGUCAAAGGUCAGCUGAUCAGCUCUCCCACCUUCAAUGCCUCAGCUGCCCAGUUUGGAGAGGCUGCUCCUCAGGUGAAGUCAGACCGUCUUCGGGGGCUGCUCGACCGGCAGCGGGCCCUGCAGGAGGCCCUGAGCCUGAAACUUCAGGAGCUACGCAAAGUGUGUCUCCAGGAGGCGGAGCUGACUGGCCAGCUGCCUCCUGAGUGCCCACUGGAACCUGGUGAACGGCCCCAGUUGGUCUGCCGGCGGCCCCCUGCAACCCAAGCCUACCCUCCACCACACCCCAACCCUGCACACCACUCCUUGUGCCCUGCUGAGGCACUGGCUCUUGAAGCCCUGGAGCGUGAGGUGUCAGUGCAGCAGCAGAUUGUGGCAGCCGCCCGCCGCCUGGCCUUGGCCCCUGAACUGAGCGCAGAGCAGCGCCGGCGCCGGUGCCAGGUCCAGGCAGAUGCACUGAAGAGACUGCAGGAGCUGGAGGAACAGCUUGGGGACUUCCGGGCCCGCCUCAGCCUCCCAGUGCUCCCACUGCCCCAGCCUCUGCCACUGUCCACAGGGGCAGUUAUCACUGCCCAGGGAGUCUGCCUGGGCAUGCGCCUUGCCCAGUUCAGCCAAGAGGAUGUAGUUCUGCACUCAGAGAGCAGCUCCCUCUCAGAGUCUGGAGCAAGCCAUGAUAAUGAGGAGCCCUGUGGCUGCUUCCCUUUGACGGAGCGCCCCUCACCACCCAAGGCCUGGGACCAGCUGCGGGCUGUUUCUGGAGGCAGCCCUGAGUGGCGAACACCAUGGAAACCACCGCCGUCUGAUCUCUAUGGGGACCUGAAGAGUAGGCGCAACUCUGUGGCCAGCCCCACCAGCCCAACACGCUCGCUGCCCAGGAGUGCCUCCAGUUUUGAGGGGCAAAGUGUGCCUGCCACUCCUGUCCUCACCCGGGGCACUGGCCCCCAGCUCUGCAAACCUGAAGGUCUCCAUUCUCGCCAGUGGUCUGGCAGCCAGGACUCCCAGAUGGGCUUCCCCCGGGUGGACCCUGCCUCCGACCGUGCAACCCUCUUCGCAGCACGCACCCGCCGCAGCAACAGCUCUGAGGCCCUGCUGGUGGACCGGGCAGCUGGUGGGGGAGCUGGCUCCCCACCUGUGCCUGUGGCUCCCCCUGCCGCUGGCCCCCCGGUCUGCAAGAGCAGUGAGGUGCUGUAUGAGCACCCCCAACCAACCCCUGCCUUCUCCUCCCGCACAGCUGGCCCCCUAGACCCUCCCCGAGCUGCCCGGCCUAGCUCAGCUGCCCCUGCCUCCCAUGGGGUUCCCCGGCUCCCACCUGUGUGUGGAGACUUCCUCUUGGACUAUUCCCUGGACCGGGGCCUGCUCCGCAGUGGGGCAGGCUGGGGCGAUCUGCUGCCUGCAGCUGAGGCCCCAGGACCCCUCUCCUGCCGGGAUGGGCUCCUCGCCAUGCUCCCAGGCCCACCACCUGUAUAUACAGCUGAUGGCAGCAGCCCCCUCCUCCGUAGCAAGGACUCCCACACCCGUGCCACCCGCACCAAACCCUGUGGCCUGCCCCUGGAGGCCGCCGAGGGUCCAGAGGUGCAUCCAAACCCUCUCCUGUGGAUGCCUCCACCCACCCGUAUCCCCCCAGCUGGUGAGCGCAGCGGCCACAAGAAUCUUGCUCUGGAGGGGCUGCGGGACUGGUACAUCCGGAACUCGGGCCUGGCUGUGGGGCCCCAGCGCCGACCUGUGCUCCCCAACAUGGGCCCACAACACCCACCCUUCUUCCAUGCCCGCUGCUAUGAGGUGGGCCAGGCGCUGUAUGGGGCCCCCAGCCAGGCGCCGCUCCCGCACUCGAGGAGUUUCACAGCGCCCCCUGUCUCUGGCAGGUAUGGGGGGUGCUUUUAUUGAUGGGUAGGGGUCUCUUGAAGCAGAUGGCAAAGGCAUCCAGGCCAGGGAGCAGCUGGUCAUGAUAGCUAAUGGCUUGGACCAUGAGAGAACUAGCUGCAGCCGCUUCACAGGGUCAUGGGCCCUGGCUGCCGUGCAUUGGGCUGUGGGUUCUUGGUGGAGGGGUAUCUUGAGCCCUGGUAGCAGCAGUUUUUCACCAAGCUCUAGAAGAAUUUUACUAUUUUAACAACCAGUGCAUGUCAGCUAAAAAUGAGCCGUGAAACCAGGGUGCUGGGAGGAAGGGCUCUCCUGUGCCCCAGCCUUUCUCUUCUGCUCUUCACCAUGCCCAUGCUUGGGAGCCUAAUGAUACUGUCCUGUGCCUGCCUCCACCUCUUUAAUGAGCCUCUUUUCCUCUCUCUUUCUGUGUCUUGUCUGUCUUUUCCUCUCUUCUCUGUCUUCCACCUUGUCCUCCGGAUUCCUGCUACCCCUUCUAAAGAUACUACACGGACUUCCUGUACCCCCCGGAGCUGAGCGCUCGCUUAACUGACCUGACGCUAGAGGGGGAGCAGUCCUCCAGUUCUGAUCCCCAGACCCCUGGGACACUGGUCUGAUCCCUUCUGAUAUGCCCCUUGUUAGCUUGGCCAUGACUCUCCAGUCUGGGGAGCACACAGCUGACCUUGCUGAGCCCUGGGGUAUGGUUUCUCUCAAUUCUGGGGGUGCCACCCCAAUCUUCCAAGGCCUCUGGCUCCCAGGGACUCCUAAAGGUGUCUGACACCCUGCUUCUUCUCUCAUACUGCUAGGAACUGGGGGACCCCUCAGCUACUUAAAACAGGCGGUGUGGUGUAAUGGGGACUCCAAGCCCCUUUCUCCAUUUCUGUUUACAGUUGUGAUUUAAGUAUUCACUGUCUUCCCCCAGUACUAGACGUUUUAUAAAAGGGAAACUGAUCUCAUCCUGGUUGCUUUCAUUCCUGUCCACAUGCCCAGCCUGUUCCAUUCAGGAACCCUCUCCAUAAAAUAGACCAUGUAGGGUCUCAGGGCUCUGUUUGGGGCAGCCAGGAAACUGUGGUGAGAACAGAGCUCCCUGCCCAGAGCUCUCCACCAGGACAGUUCUUGGGGAGGUGGGCUCUCUGCCUAUUUGGAAGGACUGAAGUCUGGGUGGUGGUGGUGGGUUCAUUUUCCCACCCCCAGGGGUGCCUAAAGGAGGCCAAGUCCCUGUCUGUCUGUACCUGCUUCCUCUGCCCAUAUGGUAAGAUGGCCCAGCCUUUGGCAGCAGCCUCUGCGCUAUCACUAAUCAGGAGGCUCUGCAGGAGGGCCAUAGGGCAGAACCAUCUGGUGUGUUGUAUCCUGGGAUGCUGCGGUGGUGGAACCUGGCAUCCAGCAGAUGCCAGUAAAAUCCUCAGGUGACGGCUGGCCAUGAGCUACGUCAUGUCUUCCCUGGCUUUCUUUCUAUCCACCACUUUUUAAACAAAUCCACACACGUGGUUUUCUAUAUCUAUCUGUGACUUUCCAGAGCUGGGGGUCCCUCUACCCACUUUACCUGGUGUUAAAGUUUUCUUUUUGUACCAGUGGAUCUCAGCCCAAGACACUACCUACAGUGGAAGGGAAUUUCUAUAAUAAACGUAUAAACCGAACCUACA